AGGAUGAAUAGUCAGAAAACGUUUGAAGUUUCAAAAUGCUUGCUAGCAAUUACGAGAAUCAUAUGUGUGCUGUAUUGCCAAUCAAGGUUUAUCCACUGAUUAUUGAAAAAGGCAUUCAUAAUUUUUUUACCUGCCAUUUUUAAAAAUCUAAAAACGUUUUUUUUUUUGUUUGUUUUUUUACUUAGACUCAGUGUUCAAUAGUCUUUUGUGAAAUAUUUGUAUUUAUACCAAGACACAAAGUUAUUGGUUGAUUAAAAUAAACAAAUUCUGGAUUAUCUUAAUAUUAUCUAAGGUUUCAUAGAAAGGUUGUCUUGAAAAUGGAUCAGUUGUGAUACUUUAGAUAUUCAGAUGAUAUUUUAGGUAUUUCCUUGUUAAAACAACAGCAUGCUUUGAUAAGAGUUUGAAUAAUCUUGGGGGGGAGUCCCUUUCAAUCUGUUUCACCUUAAAUGAUGAAUGACUGGACAGCGAAAAGAAAUGAUACACUAAUAAUAAUAACAAUACUAAUAAUAAUGAAGGAGUACAUGUACACCACAAAUAGACAAACUUUGCUGAUCACUUUAAUCAAAAAACAUGCUAAUAGGCAUGUGGAUAUGUGUAACUUACACUCUGCUGGGAUGAUUUAGUGACAUCACUGUUCAUUACAAUGUUGCAUGACAAUACAUUAGUAAGCUCUGAUACAUCAAAAACACUUCCAGUUAAAAUUGCAAUGCUUAUAUUUUUUUUACUAUUUUACAAGCUCCUAGAAAAUCCUUGAAAACAAAGUUAUUUAUAACCACACUUCCAUUUAAUUUUAGUCAUAGAUUGUAAGCAGGUGUUAUAUGGCCAGCCCUGAUAAUCAGCGGCGACUUUAGCUGGACGACUAAGCCGGUGAGGGUUCUGAUGUGGAAUCCAAGCUCACGGGGUGUGAGAAUGCUUUUUAACUUUUGCACAUGGCAGUUUGUGUUUUGAUUGUCAGGGUGCGUGUGACCAUGUGCUGUAUGGACAGCUGACACCCAAGGACCCUCACCUUACCUAUUAUAUAAAGGGAGUUUGUGCUUGGGUGAAAGUCACUCUGCGGCUGAACCCUCACACUCACAGGAUGAAUGCCUUUCAGACUGUCUUCCUCUUGGCUGUUGGUCUCUCGGUAGCCCACUCUUUGGACUACAAGGCUCUCACCCAGUUCAGGAAAAUGAUCAUAUGUUUGAUGCCUGAUAGCUGGCCUGCUCUUGACUACGCAGACUAUGGCUGCUACUGUGGGUGGGGAGGCUCUGGCACACCCGUUGAUGACCUGGACAGGUGCUGCCAGGUUCAUGACCAGUGUUACAGUGACGCUAUGCAGCAUCCUGAGUGCUGGCCCAUCCUGGACAACCCUUACACCGAGUUCUACGACUACACCUGUGAUGAGAGUAACAAAAAGGUCACUUGUACAGACAAAAAUGAUCCAUGUGAGAUGUUCAUCUGCGAGUGCGACCGGAAAGCCGCAGAGUGCUUUAGCCGAUCAGAGUGGAUCCCUGAGCAUGAGCACCUCCCAAGUGACCAGUGUCAGUAAAGUCGUUUGCUUGAGCAAAGAAUCUGUGCAUCAACAUGUCACAUCCAUGUACAGACAGCUAUACUACUUUGUUUGGCCUCAAUCCGGAUCACAAUGACCUUACAGGAUAAUUUACUGAUGACAUGAUCUAUCCAUGGCCUUUUAACCAUCCAUCCUCUUCUGUGCUGGAUGUUUCUGGUUGGGCUUGCAGCUAUUACAUUGUAUGUCUUCAUAAAUGCCAUCUUCAUUUUAGACACUUUUGCUCGAUUGUAUUUGCAAUUUUCAGUGCAGUACUCCUAUAGUCAACAGAGGGCGCUGUUCUUCAUCUUUUACUUUUACUGUAGCUUUGUGGAAAGACGGGGGGAAAAGUGUUAAGCUGCUCCACAUCAGCUUUUUUGUUUUACUUUAUGUAACAUUGAUAAAAUAAUAAAUGGCUUUUUGACAGAGAAAAAGACAUUUGGUUGACAAAUGUAAAACCACAAUUUAUUUAAUUUAAUCUGUUUUUUUGUCUUCUUGGUGCUUUCCAAAUAAUUACAUAAUGAUGGCAGUGCAGUUUAGUUAUAUAACAGUUGCAAUAAUAAUGAAUUCAUUGUGCUUAAUUUGAAGAUAGUUUGAUCUAUAUACUUGUGUACACUGACAACAUUAGAAGGUUCCCUAAUCUUAAUUGUCCUGUCAAUAUUUCAAUCGUGCAUGAAGAGCAUAAACAGGAGAUGUUAAGUAACUGCAAAUUAAAUGAAGAUUCACAC